UGCCAUUGUAUGAUGCUAGUCUAGAUAAUCAGAUCUUUAAUAUCUUUAAGCCUUUAGACAAGAUCUUGCCUUAUGAUCUUCCUAAAUUGACAACAGAAACACCAUCGUCCUUGAUCAAGACUGAUGAUACCUAUUGUAAACCUUGCAAGAAAAAAUUCAAUAAUCAAACAACCUUUGUUCAACAUCUCAAGAGUGCCAAGCAUAUCGCGAAUGAAAAGAAAUCAAAGCCAACAAACAAACCAACUCAAACAAUACCUGUUCAUCCUCAAGUCCAAGGCAUUGCAUCAAUUGGAUUUGGCUGAUACAUCCAACGAUCCAACACUGGCUAUCAACACGUAUUGGACACAAGCACAGUUCCUUUAUCAACAUAAACGACCUGAAUAUACUUCAAGGGCACUUCGAUCCUUGAUUGAUCUAUUGUGUCUGAAUCCUACCACUUCACUCUCACCUGCUUACAUGACGUUUUAUCUUUACAACAGUCGACUUGCUUUAGCUCGGUUACUUUGUAUGUAUCAACAAGUACAAGAAGCUCAAGAUAUCUAUCUUGAUGCCCUUGAAACCAAAUGGAAACUAGAUAAGCCAUCCCUGAUCAAUAUAGCCAAGCAUACAAGACAACAUACAGUAGAAGCACUGUUGGCAUCAUGUGAAUCCUUAGCUAUCAAGUACUUGACACGCGAAAGAAAUAGAACCAAGCCAGCACCUCCACUGACAGACAUGAACAAUGCAUUCAGUGUGAUAUUAAAUGAAGGGGGUAAUUUGUUUGCACAAGAAACAGGCAUGGAUUUAAGUGAGCCCAUAGCCAUUGUCUUGUAUGGCUUGGGAUCACUUGUAUGUCCUUUUGAAAACAGAAUGAGACCUCAAGAUUUUCAUUGUCUGAUGCAAAGCGUCUAUACCUCUUUAGGGCUUAUUCAUCGUCAAAUUGAAGUUAAAUUAUUAGAUAAGCAAGAUCCUUGGUGCUUAUUUGAUGCAUUCUUGACCUCCCUUGAAAUAGGCAAGUAGAGAAUACGAAUGCUAUGUCCCACUUAUCCAUAUGUAGAUGACCUUGUCAGAGCAAGUCACAUUCAGUCUUAUUUUGUUGAUCCCAUAUACCCAGAUGUCAAGCUAUUACUUGCUAUCUACCAACACAGACUUACACUUGAACCUCUUU